GUUCCAGCGACGACCUGUUGCCGACAAGUUGCACUUCUCGGUGUCCUUUCUCGUGUGCCCGGACGUGUUGGUCGCGCACAUGGCCCGGUGGUGCGCUUUCGGCACGAUCGUUGACCCGUUUUGCGGCUUCAGCCGCCUGGCCGUUCGGCUGGCGCGCACGUAUCGAAAGGUGAUCGCCGUGGACAACGACCCAGCCAAAAUACAUUUGGCCCACCGGAAGGCUCCGGAGCUCGGAGUCGCCUACUUCAUUGAGUUUCGAGUCGGCGACUGCUUCGCGGCGCUAUCCAGAGUGACGUCCGACGCGGUGAUCACCUCGCUGCCGUGGAAUCGAAACCAGAGGUUCAGUGCCAAAGAUUUUUGCAGCCAUUAGAAGGGUGGACUAGCCGGCAUUCUCGGCGUGGCACGUGAGAUCGCCCCCAUAGUCGUUCUCCACGUACCCAAAACCAUCCACAUGUCUCAGAUUGUGAAGUGUCGAGAGUUUUGGGCACAUGGAGAUCAAACACGUCAGCAUUGAGGAGUAAAGAACUCCUUAAACGCCGUUCUGUACCUAGAGAGAUUGAACGAUGGCGGGGGAGCGAUCGAACCGACCGUCUUCGAAGUGCUAUUAAAUCCGAAGUCGGUAGU